AUGGCCAAAGUAGACACAAGCCACCGGCUGGCCGAGCUCCGUAAGCUCAUGAAGGAGCGCAAUGUCGACAUUUACACCUACAUCAGUGGCUUCACAGGCUCCGCCGGCUAUGCAGUUAUUACCCACGACAAGGCUGCCCUCUCAACCGACGGCCGCUACUUCAACCAGGCGGAGAAGCAAUUAGACAGCAAUUGGGAGCUGUUGAAGCAGGGCAUACAGGACGUACCCACCAUCCAGGAGUGGACGGCAGACCAGGCCGAGGGAGGCAAAGUCGUCGGCGUAGAUCCCAGCGUCGUGACUGCAGGAGAUGCCCGCAAGCUGGCCGAGAAGAUAAAGAAGAAGGGCGGCGAAUACAAGGCCAUUGACGAGAAUUUAGUUGACCUGGUAUGGAGCAGCGAAAGACCAGCCCGACCGAGUGAGAAGGUCAUAGUGCAGCCGGAGAGAUACGCCUGCAAGGGCUUCGAGGACAAGAUUGAUGACUUGCGCAAGGAGCUCGAAAAGAAGAAGAGCCUUGGCUUUGUCGUCUCCAUGCUCGAUGAGGUCGCUUGGCUGUUCAACCUCCGUGGUAGCGACAUCCCAUACAACCCAGUCUUCUUCUCCUACGCCGUCGUCACGCCCACGGCUGCUACCCUCUACGUUGACGAAAACAAACUGCCCGAAGACGUCAAGGAGCAUUUGGGCAACAAAAUCACCAUUAGACCAUACGAAGCCAUCUUUGGAGAUGUCACAGCACUGAGCAAAGAACUCUUCGAAGCGAGCGACAAGAACGAGACACAGAAGAAGUUUCUGACUUCUAAUAGAGCAUCAUGGGCUCUGAACAAGGCGCUGGGCGGUGACGACAAGGUUGAAGAAACACGCAGCCCGGUUGGCGACUCAAAAGCAGUCAAGAACGAGGUCGAGCUGGAAGGAAUGCGCCAAUGCCACAUACGCGAUGGAGCUGCAUUGAGCGAGUACUUUGCCUGGCUAGAAGACCAACUGAUCAACAAGAAGGCGACUCUCGAUGAGGUCGAUGGCGCCGACAAGCUUGAGGAAAUCCGCAAGAAGCACGACAUGUUCAUGGGUCUUUCCUUUGACACCAUCUCAUCGACAGGAGCAAACGCCGCUGUUAUCCACUACAAGCCCGAAAAGGGCGAGUGCGCGACUAUCGACCCCAAGGCUAUAUACCUGUGCGACUCCGGAGCCCAAUACCGGGAUGGUACCACAGACACCACACGUACAUUACACUUCACCGAGCCUACAGAGAUGGAACGCAAGGCAUACACACUCGUGCUCAAGGGUAACAUGGCCCUGGAGCGCGUAAAGUUCCCCAAGGGCACAACAGGCUUUGCCUUGGACGCACUAGCUCGUCAGUUCCUAUGGGCUGAGGGCCUUGACUACCGUCACGGCACCGGACACGGCGUUGGCUCCUUCCUCAACGUACACGAGGGUCCUAUCGGUAUUGGCACAAGGGUUCAAUACUCGGAGGUCUCGUUAGCUGUAGGGAAUGUAGUGUCCGAUGAGCCCGGAUACUACGAGGACGGCAAAUUUGGUAUUCGCAUUGAGAACAUGGUCAUGGUGAAGGAGGUCGAGACAAAACACAAGUUUGGCGACAAGCCCUACCUUGGCUUCGAGCACGUAACCAUGACUCCACACUGCAGAAACUUGGUCGACAUGAGCCUGCUUACAGAAGAUGAAAAGAAAUUCAUCAACGAAUACCACAAGGAGGUGUAUGAGAAGACGAGCAAGUACUUUGAGAACGACGCGUUGACGCUAGAGUGGUUGAAGCGCGAGACGGCACCUUACUGAGUGAGUCACUGGAGUGUAGACGUCUUGUAAUGCGCUUUUCGGUAUAGUCAGGUCGGCCGCAUUGGCAUCAGCACGGCAUUGGCAUCUUCACGGCGUGGGAGGAACCCUGGAGCCUGGCGUUUCCAGCGUCUUACGGACCGAUGUCUACAACUAAAGAAUACCCUGUACCUAUCUCAGCGAAUAUUGCGCGUACAAAA